AUGUCUGAUUCGUCCACCUACGCCCACCGACAAUGUCUACUCUUAGAGCUCCUUGAUCAACAACAACCCGUCAAAGUCAGUGACCUCGUCAGCAGGUUCACCACAUCUGUCAAUCUGUAUCCGAUUCAGGAUGGACUAUCAAUAGCUCUGGAUGCUGUGCUUCUUGAAGCUUGGAGUAGACAAACGAAGCAGACCAAUCAUGAUCACCUGCGGUAUUUGAACACUUUGCGUCUUGAUCGUACCGAUUUUGAUAUUCUUGGACGUUUAGGAGAUGGCCAAUUCGGCACUGUCGAUGCGGCUCGAAGUAGGCUGAACGGUCAGGUAUACGCCAUAAAGACCAUUAAAAAACAUACUGCGAUGCGCGCAGGUUCCCAACUAUCCCUCAAUAUUGAACGUCUCAUUCAUAUGAUAGGCCUGAGGUCUGUAUCACCUCCAAUUCCGGCUCUUAUUGCUGCUUUUCAAACAGAAGAUUGUAUCUCGCUUGUAACCACAUUUGCGGAGUGCGGAAGCCUAUGGGAUCGUCUCUGCUCUCUCUCAGUGGAAGAUGGACAGCCCGGUAUCAUGAUGGAUUCGGAGAUUAAGUGGUGGGCUCCGCAAAUGAUCGAGGCUAUUCAAUGGGUUCACGAUCAAGGUUAUGUCCACAGAGAUGUCAAACCUCACAACUUCCUCGUUACUGCCAAAUCUCGUAUUUUGUUGACCGACUUUGGCUCAGCGGCUCCUCUUCAGUUCCCAAAAGAUAGCCACGCUAGGAGGCCAUUUGUCCUCCACGACCAAUGUAUCAUGCCUAUAGGCACGCCCGACUAUAUCGCUCCCGAGAUACUACUGAUCGCAGAAGCAGCAUGCGUUGAAGCUACCGAGUCAGAUCUAGCGGUGCAUCCAAUCAGCCUUCAAGGAUAUGAUCUGAGCGUUGAUUGGUGGAGCCUCGGAGCAACCCUUUACGAAAUGGCAACCGGAAGGGGUCCCUUCUGGUCGAGGACCAUUCAGCAAACUUACCUAUUGCUCACUCGGUACAAAGGCAACAUCGAAUUGCCUUCCUCCAUCCAUUCGACCUUGAGAGAGGUUUUAUAUGGUAUAGCUGCCCCUCCAUCCUCCUUCGCACAUCCUGAACCUUUUGAUUUAUCGGCACUUCCGAUCGUGGACACUUCCGUAAUAGAUCCAGGAGAUUUCACAUUUAACCAUCUUUUUGAGCAGUCGACAUCCUACAACGACUCAUGCAGCGCAACCAGCACCUCGACCUUAGCUAGCUUUCCGGACGUCCUCUAUCGCUGGCUCGGAUGGACCUGGGAGCCUCCUCCAGCAAUGCUAGAGAAUAGCCGAGUUGAUCCAAACUUCGCUAACUCCUAUCGCGAGCACAUCAUAAGCAGUCCUGCGGACUUCACAACUCCAGUCCGACCUCGAGACCCUCUUUUGGGAGGUCUUAUGCACACUGGUGCCACUCUUAAGCCCAUGGUUCCAGGCUCUCACAUUCGUUCGAGGCUGGUGUCGGAACGUCAAGCGUUCGCAGAGCUCGUACUCUGCGUUCAGAAAAGCGCUAAAAAACAAGUCUCAACAAAAGCGUUACCGUCAGAUCAGCAUAUCUUGUUGUCAAAUCGAGCGGACCCAGCUACACCCACACGCGACAUCAGUCUUAAAGACAAUGAUCGAUCUCCUUCGAUGAGUACCAUUGCCAUUCACCAACCUCUUCAUCUAAGAAGGCUCGAAGAUCUUGAACUCCAGCAUUACAUGUUGAGCAAGAAAUUGGAAGUGAGUACCACAAUCAUGGUUUCAAGUGCAUGA